AGGACGAAGCACUCUGUGCCCAUGUUACCACCUGUGAAGGACUGACUGACCCACCAGCUUGUGCCACUUCUUGCUCCCGCCAUGGGACCUUCGGGGAGCGUGCUGAGCAGCGGACAGAUGCAGGUGGUCCUGUGGGGCAGUUUGGCGGCUCUCGUCACUUUCUUCCUCAUCAGUUUCCUCAUCUUUCUGUGCUCCAGUUGUGACAGAGAAAAGAAGCCGAGACAGCACAGCGGGGACCACGAGAACCUGAUGAACGUGCCUUCUGACAAGGAGAUGUUCAGCCGCUCAAUAACUAGCCUGGCCACAGAUGCACCUGCCAGCAGUGAACAGAACGGAAUACUCACCAAUGGGGACAUUCUUUCAGAAGACAGUACUCUGACCUGCAUGCAACAUUAUGAGGAAGUCCAGACCUCAGCUUCAGAUCUGCUGGACUCCCAGGACAGCUCAGGGAAGCCAAAAUGUCAUCAGAGCCGGGAACUGCCCAGAAUUCCUCCUGACAGCGCCGUGGACAUGAUGCUCAACGCGAGAGCCGUGGAUGGGGACCAGGGCCUGGGGACGGAAGGGCCGUACGAAGUACUCAAGGAUAGUUCCUCCCAAGAAAAUAUGGUGGAGGACUGCUUGUAUGAAACUGUGAAAGAAAUUAAGGAGGUGGCGGCAGCUGUGAACCCAGGGAAAGGCCAUGGCAGCAGGUCAAAGUCAACUUCCGCUUUGAAAGAGCUUCCGGGGCCUCAAGCCCCCCAAGCAGACUUUGCUGAGUAUGCCUCGGUGGACAGAAACAAAAAAUGUCGACAGAGUGUUAAUGCAGAGACUGUUCUUGGAAAUUCAUGCGAUCUGGAAGAGGAAGCCCCACCACCUGUCCCCGUUAAACUUCUGGAUGAGAAUGAAAACCUUCAGGAGAAGAGAGAGAGCAAGACAGGAGACGAAGGAGCCACAGAGGGGACCAGUGAAACCAACAAGAGAUUUAGUUCAUUGUCGUACAAGUCCCGGGAAGAGGACCCAACUCUCACAGAAGAGGAGAUCUCAGCCAUGUAUUCAUCAGUAAAUAAACCUGGGCAGUCAGGGAAUAAAUCGGGACAGUCUCUUAAAGCUCCAGAGUCCACCUACACCUCCAUCCAAAGCGCCGCUCAGAGAUCCCCCUCUUCCUGUAACGAUCUCUACGCGACUGUUAAAGACUUCGAGAAAACGCCAAACAGCGGUAGCAUGCUUCCAGCAGCAGUGAGACCCAGUGAGGAACCCGAGCCCGAUUAUGAAGCAAUACAGGCUCUAAACAGAGAGGAAGAAAAGGCCACCCCAGAGACCAAUGGCCACCGCGGCCUUCUCCCGAAGGAGAAUGACUAUGAGAGCAUUGGGGAUUUGCAGCAGUGCAGAGACAUCACCAGGCUCUAGCAGCCCCGAAGACAACCAACCCCAGAUGCCGUGUGCUCAGCCGCCUGGAGGGCUCAGCCGCCUGGGGGGCACUCCUGCGGGAAACAAGAAGCUCUGUCAACCCACACUCUGUAUGCUGCUCCGGUAACCUGAAGACGACUGAAAGCGUGGAGACUGUUUAGCAGGGUCGGAAACAGUGAGGUACGUACAGAGUGCACCCGAGUGCGUCCCUGCCUGCAGGGGGCACUCGCACGCCCAAGCACAUCUCUUUCAUGCACCCUCGCCCUCUGGAAAGGUCCCAGCUGUCGGUGGUUUCAUCCUAUUCGUGAGGAAAGCCAAGAUGAAAGGAAGAACUGCGUUCAUCAAGAACCACGACCCCGCCUGCCUAAAAUACUGCCAUUCAGAAGAGCCAGGUUUUUCUUCCUUUCUUUUUUUUUUUUCCUGUCUGCCCCUAAUAUUUCUUCCCCGUGAAAUCUUCCGAUUUCUAAUGGUUCAUUCCGAGAAAAUUCUCCCCCGAGGCUUGGCCCUUGCCUUCCACUUAGGGAUUUUAAGAUGGUAAGAAACUGUGGUUGCUGGUUCCUGUCAGCUCACAGGCCUCUUCCAAGAGCCGCACCUGGAAAAACGACCACUACAGGUGGACAGGACCGGGGCUGCCUCUUAGGUUUAGGUCUUCAUUCCUUCUGAUUUAGGCACUCCACAUUGGCAGCCUCUCCCAAAGUACUUGAAGUCAUUUUUAGAUGCUUUAUUUUAUUUUUCUAGUCAAAGCGUGCCCCCCCAGUAUUUGAAACUCUUCAGAGCCUUUUCAGUAUUUUCAAUGAACAUUGUGGUACUUCUAUACUUGUUUUAGCCCAGAGCUCAUUUCUCUGAAACAGAGAGCCUUAAUCUCCAUGUUGGGACACACCACAUAUUUGGACGGCAGCCAUGGCAUCCGUCUCUGAAGGGCUGCGGACUUGAAUGUGUAUUUCUGAUGCUCUCUGCUGCCACACUAACAGUGUGAGAUUUCAUAAGUUAACUGCUACCCUAAGGUAAUCUAUCUAAAAUUAAAAUGUAAACAUUUAUUUUUGUUAUAUAAAUUUAUAAGAUGUUUUAUGUUUAAUGCCUAAUUUCUAGAAAGUGCCAGAAAAAAAUGUAUAUUAACUAUUUUGAUUUUGUGUACAAUGAUUUAUACUCUCAUUUUGAAAAGACACCAUAAAGCACAUAAGCUAGGUAACUACACAUAGCUGUUAUCUUUUUUCUAAUCAAGUGUUUAAAAUACUGAAGGUUUUUUCAAGACUUAACUUUUCAAAUGGUACUUGGAGCUCCUGGUCAAAGUCAUCUGGCUCACUAGAGAAAUCAGCAGAAUAAACACAAAGGAUCGUUUUCAGUGAGUUCAGUGGGCAAUACUGAAAUAUUUGAAAUGGUCAAAAACAAUGGAAAGAACGAAAUAUGACUAGGGAUGUCUGCAUUAUUAACCUCAUGAAGGUAUUUAUAAUUCCAUUAAGAUUCAGUUACGUGUUUAAGAAAACAGUGAUGGUUUGUGCAAGCCAGUCCUUGCAAAUGCAAAUUGCCUAUUGGGGCUUUUUUCCCCUUCAUUUUACAAAAAUCAGUGGCUGAAAUAACUCUGAUUAAGAGCUCAGCCUGGUUUGAAUUUAAUCAUCUCUUUAGACUUUAUAAGGCCAACAUUGGGCAACUUGUUCACUUUUCAUUUUAAAAGGAACCUGCUAUUAUACAGUGUGGCUACAGAAAGGGACCUUUUCCUACACUGACAAAGGGGGAAAAAAGAGGCAGUUAUUCAAUGCUGCUGCGACAUGUCUGGCUUUUCAGGUUGAAUACUCUUGCUGUUUUCACUCAUUAUGACAAAGGAUGCCGUUCGGAGGAUGAGGCAUCUUGCAAACGGUAGGGACCAGCUCACAGGCGUGUUUUUUUUUCCCAUCCCUUGCAUUCAUGGCUUGAUUUUGUGACUGCUCUGUGAUACAUUUCUGAAAAUUGUGAAGUGAGCUUUGUUGGGGUAAACCGGUCGGUUGUCAUUAUGUUUCGGUCAUCCUGGUCUUUCCCAUGAAGACCUCUCGAGCCUAAGCACAAUCAUCAUUGACUAGAAGAUAAGGGCAGAAAUACCCUUGGAUUGGGGGGAAGGUUCAUCAGGAAGGUGCCGCAAGUGGGCCUUGUUCUCUGAAUUCGUAUCUUUCAUGAGCACUGUUUUGCCUGGUGAUUUUCAUUGCUUACUUGGUAUUAAUGAGUUUGACCCCACAAUCUCUACAUCCUGGGGUUCCUUUAGCACUUGGUGACGGCCUUGUCACAUCGCAUACCUAGUAUUGUGCAUGCUGCAGUGAUGUCCUUUAUGAGCGCUUGACCACUCCAAAGUUUUACUGUAUUUCAUAAUGUCUUUACUUAUUGCCAGGGAGGUGAGAAUGACCUCUAAAGUGUAAAAUCAUUUCCAGAGAGGAAAGUUCUUUAUAAAUAGUCCUAUCAUCUUGAAAUUUCAUUAUCAGAAUUUCCCCCAGAAGCUCUGAAAUAAAGGCUAUGCAAUAUAGCCAUAAAAUAUGCACUGAACUCUCUCUUGACUUGAGAAUCUGUGCUAAGAAUAAGUUGUGAUUUAAAGUAUUAUAAGUGUAUUUUAAAAGAAACUAGAAGGCCCUCCGGCAUAAAUGCUAAAAGAAGUAAUAGCACAAUCCAUGAGGGGUGGGGGGCAGGGAGAAGUGGAGUAAACUUUGGGAGCAGGCUUGCUGUUUAGACCAUUGGGUACCUCACUGAACUACAGUAUUGAUGUAUCCUCAUGGUUUUGACCUUAAAGUACAGUAUUUCAUAAAUUUUGUCACUUUUACUUUAUUCAUUGAAAAUCUGUGCUAGUGUUUGAGUUGGACAAAAGCCUAUGGCUUCUUUAAAAAAGUUUCAUGUUCCGCUAAAUGUUACAGUUUAAAUCUGUGAAAGGUAGUUAUAAAAAGUUUUUACAGUAUUUUUAAAAUUCAACUUUGACAUCCAUAUUAUGCAUUGUUAUAACUUACGUUAUGUGAAAUUACACAAAUAAACUAAGUUUUAGGAAGUGUUUUUUGUCCUGUAAGUCAGAAUUGUAAACUCAUCUUGCCUAAAGGCAGGAUCUUUGUUUUUAGUCAGAUAUUUUGAAAGUUUAGAAGAAUUUUUAUGCUGUUUUUACUAUUUCUCAAAUGCAGUCAGCAGGAAAGUAUGACCUAUUUUACGUGAAAUGUUUAAGGAAAUUUUAAAUUCUAGAAGAAAGUAAUUUUUGCAAAUAUGUGGGCCACAUACAUUUUCUUUCCUGUCCACUAAAUUACGUCAUUAGGUUUAUUAAAGCUUUUGAAGGUACUGCUGUCUUUUGUGGAAGAAGGCUAAUUACUGAUGUAUCUGCCCUCAAAAUCCAAGAGUUAAUUCUAAUUAAGUGCUAACAAGAGGUAGCCACCACAAAGAACUAAAAUUUAACCUCAGGCUGUCACUGUAUCUAUUUCUCAUAUUUGACUUCCAUUCUCUUAGAGCAUUUAUUUACUUUAACCAGUAACACACUGUGUGUAUACAUGUACAUAUACUAUACAUACAUACCUAUACAUAUUUACACACACACACACACACACACACACACACAUAUAUAUAUAAAGAUGUCUUUGGAAUGUCUCCCCUACUAGUGUGAUGACUAUUGUCAUAAAAGCAAAAUAGAAAAAAGCUACCCAAUAGUUUUCACUCAGUAAUUACAAGAAAGCCUUCCUAGGUUACCCUCAUAACAUUUUUCUUAUUAAUAAAUUCAGGUUUUAAGUUGUGUCCAUAAUUCUCUUCGUUGAAACCCAAUGGUGUUUUAAAAUAGUUUUGUCUUGGUUUUUUUUUUUUUUAAUGUGUGUGGCUCAUUGCAUAUUCAGCAUGACAGGAGGAAAUGUAAAUAGGCGUCCUUCUCAGUGUUCUCAGUGUUGAGAAGAGAUUCGGCCGAAAGCAACAAGAGCCAUGUGAGCCAGGACAGAGCCACAGGGAGGUGACCCCCACCCCCCCACACACACCUGGUAGCAGAAGCAGAGGCCCGUUAUCACAUGGCUGCAUUUUAUUUCAUUUUCCUUAGAAGGCCGUGUGAGUUUACCGCAGAACCAGCGAGCGGUGAUGUAGCAUGACAUGCAGAAAACCGCUCUGAGAUGUUCUGAGAGGCAGCUCUCAUCCCAGAGCUUCAGUUCAAGACUGAGUUAGGAUUUUGUAAAUGAGUAAAUGACAUUUUUUUUUCCAGUGCUCCUUGUACUAGUUAAUACUGAAUCCGUGUGAUCUAGUGAUGCCAUUCUUCCAAAAGUGUCGGCGUCUGGUACCCGGCCAGCUUCGUGGUGGCCCUGGAAGCACAGCUGUACUGACGGCUCUUUCCUGGAAAUCCUGACAGGCUUACUGUCCUGUGUAACCGGGAGAAGCUUGAGUGUAUCGUUUGGUGUAAGUGACUGAUGUGAAAAAUAGGAACGUGUGUCUAUAAUCUCAGAUACGCCUUCUUUUUGCAGUGAAAUCUAUACGCCUCGUCCUGUAGUAGUGCUCUGUGUGCUGUACCUUUUCGUAAACACGGUAUUCUUGACAGUGGCAUUGGACAAGUUCAACGCACCUAGAAAGCGUUUGACGUAAAGAGACCAGUCCAGAAACCGUGAUAGACUAGUCUUCAUCUGGAAUUAUGAAAGUAAAUUUUAAAAACCGUGGUCCAGAAGAGAACAAAUAUUCAUAAGUGGGUUUUUUUCCUAUCGCUCAUUUUUAGGUCUGUUUACGUCCAGUCUCUGACAUUUAUAAAGUAGUCAUUGUUUUUCCAGGUUCUUCUUUAUUUCAGUUUUUCUUAAUGCCAGAUGAAAUGAGAAAUGUUGUAACUUUUAUUAAAAAGGAAACUCUUUUAAGCAUUCCAUUUGGUAUCGUUUAUCUUAAUGCAGUCAAAUUAGAUUUUUCUUUGCUCACCACUUAUAUACCGUGGGUAUUUUUUAAAAAUAUAUUAUGCUCUGGUUGUCUUAGAUCACCUUCUGUAAUGGAUGAUAAAGGCUGGUAAUGGUCAUUCCUCAAACUUCUGUGUAUGAAAUUGGCAACGGUUUCAUUGUUGUUACCUUUUAAAUAUCCUGUUUUAUUAAUGCACCUCAAGUUUUCAGGGGAAGUUUGAAAGCUAAACAAAUAGGAAUUUGCAUUUCACUGUCCAUGCAUUUUUUCCUCAUAAAAAUAGUUUCUCAGAAGAAAGCGACAUACUGUCCCAUAGGUGGUCCUGAUCAGUUUCAAAGUGCUCCUCUGACUCAAAAAUAAUUCAUGACAAUGGCGUUUUGACUCAUUGUCUCAAAAGGUCUUUAUAAUGGUCAAAUUGUCUAAUUCACAAGAGAGUGGAAAAAGUUGUUUCUGAUACUGGGCAUUUUUAAACCUUGUUUUAAGUCUGAAAAUACCUCACUGGCUUUAACAUCUUCUAAUUUUUCCCCUCCACUACUCUAGUCUUUUUAAGGAGCAAGUCUAAAGAACGGGGACACAAAGCCACUAUUUCUUCCGAUCUUACCUCGGCUCCUUCCGCACAGGUGACCUUCUGUCACUUUGCACAGCACCACACCUGUUCCCCCUCCCCACCCUGGCUGCUCUCUGCUAUUCAUAGGCCAUUCCAACACAUCUUUUGCAAAAUGGACACACUCCUCAGAUCACGGAUCCUGCCUGCCAGCAUGGAACCAUUCCCUGCCACUGUCCGGUGGGCGGACAGCUCUGCCCGACUCACAUGUUCCUAUGUCCCAGGCUGCCGAGAUAAGAUCAUGGGUCCACCUGGGGAAGCAGAUGCUGGGUGGUACGGUCAUGAGCUUUGCUAAACCAUGUUCAUACCUGCCCACAUUUUUCAUGAGAAUGGUUGGCACUACAGGGCCGUGGAAAAGAACUUUAAAAAAUUCUCCAGAAUCAGAGUCACAACUGCAGAAAAAUCAGCACCGUGCUCUAACUGGGUAAGCUCACUGUCCCUCAUAAGGCUUUAGACUGCCUGUGUCUCCUAAGUUCCAGUGGAGUUAAAUCCUUGGAAUAACAGACCAAUAACUUGACCAUAAAGUAGGAGGAUGCUGAGCCUUUCAAGGAAAAAUACCCCUUUCUUAUAAGACUUAAUCACUUAUAAAGUAAGCUGAGUGUAAUAUUCUUUAGCCAUAUAGCCAUUUACUCCCUCCCUCGGGAGACAGUGCUUAUGGAUUCUGGUAGUUAUAAGUAGUUUGGUCUGCUUUGCCAGGCUUCAAGGACACAAGAAUGGUCAAGCAUCUCACCGGGGAGCUACCAGAUAUUGAGAAUAACUUGGCCAUUUGUAGACAAACUGAUGUUUGAAGUGAGAAACCAGAUCCCUUUUAAGCACUCACUUUCCACACAGCUAAGGAUCCAGGAUGUGUUUGGGGUUUUUUUGUUUUUUUUUUUAACUUCACUCUAAGUUGUCAUAGUUAAUUAUUUGGAUGGGUAUUCCAGAGUGUAAUUUCCACCACCGCCCCCCGCCAAGUUAAAAGAACGGAUAUUCUCUUACACAUUUAAUUUUUAAAAGUUCACCUAGUAUACCAGUUAGGCACCCAUGCUAGGACGGUUAAGACUAAAAGGGAGACCAGUCUUAGCCCCUGGAGCCUCAGGGGCUGUCUUAUACCUCAGAACUGUCUUAUUACAAUAUCUGGUUUUGUUUUGUUUUUUAACUCAGCAGUUGGAAAUCAUGAGUUUAAAGCAAACUUUCUUUUUCCCUUUUUAAGCAGAAGAAGGAGAAAAAAACUUUUAACUUGAACUUCCCAUUUAGGUAGUCAAGGCUUCCCUGAAAGACAGCAGUCAGUUCCUUCCCCAGGUAAAGAGGCGAGAACCAAAAGCCCAAGUCUAUCUCUGAAGAUUCCUUUUUAGGUACUUUUAAUGUAAAACCCACACAUGAAUCUGACAUGAUGUUUCUGACCUGUCCCGUAAGCCUGCUUGCCUUUUUUUUUUUUUUUUUUUUUUUUUUGCAUUUAUUUUUUGAUGAUAGGCUUUCUUGUUUUUCCUGGAGCCACACUAAGACCAUUCCGACAGGCUCCUCCGUGGCUGACUACUGGUGUCCUGGACGUGUGGCUGCACCAUUAGCAGGGCUUGCCUCUUAGGGAAAAGCAUGUGCAAAGUGUCAGACAAGCUGAAUUUUAUGUUCAAGUCAACAAGCAUUUAUGCCUCAGGUUUUGACAUUUAAAAAAUAUUUUUCUGAGGAGCAACUACAUAUUUGAUACGGGGGGCCUGGCGAGCAGGAAUAAAAUCUGAACUAAGCGACGUGGGCAAGACUUCCCACUCCUCACGUCUCAGUUUGUGUCUCUGGAAAACAGAUUAUCCCAGCUCCCUGUCUACCACCCUGAGUAGCCUAAGGAGCAAACCAUAGUGUGUAGAAAUGAGAAGGAUGACCUCAAAGAUUUCGAUCAUUUUUAGGCAUUUUCUUCUUUGUAAACUCAGGAAUAAGCCUGGUUUAUGGAUAGCAUAAUAUGGCUACCAAAGCUACAGUUUUAGGCAACCAGAUACAUCCUUUCACAUGUGUUUCAUUUAAAAACCUAACUUGGUUGUAAAACUGGGAAAAGAAACUCCUCAUAAUAAUAAUUUUUAAAAGCCAACAAAAAGACUUCAGUAAAAGAGUGUGGUAUCAGUCUGUCAUCUGCCCCAGAGUGCUUGUUUCUUACCUAUAGUAUUUCAACAAUUUUUAUGGGAGAAAAAAAUGCACACUUCUUGGAAAAGUGAAUUGAGGUUUUGAAUUAAAUUCUAAGAGACGACAAUUUAAAGAGAAACAUUGGAUUCAGAGAUGAGCUCACAGCUCUGUGAUCCCUGUUUCAGCAUUGACUUUACUGUGUGACCUUGAACAAAUUAACUACUCUGUGCCUCAGUUUCUCCAUGUGCAAAAUGGGGAUAAUGAUACCAACCAUUGCCUACCUCAUGGGGAUGUUAUGGGGACAAAUGAGAUAAUAUAAAUACAAAUGCUUUGAUCUCUGGAAGAAAGGUGCUAUAUAAAUUACAGUUAUAUUGUUUUUAAUGAUCCAAUUGUUAUGUUUAGAGUUUAAAUAAUAGCAAUACUAUUAGUCAUGUUAAGAAUAAGUUUCAACUCAGUGCAUAAUUACAAUUCUCUUCUGUGGCCAAAUCUUGAUCAUUCAUCCAGUAAUGGUACCUAAGGAACUGAAAUGGGUAUUUGAUUUCUGUGUGUUUCUGCCUGUAGUGUUUCUAUUCUGAAUGUUCCCAAAAGGCUGGAGUUUAACUUGUAAUACCUUAUAGUUUACAUGUAAUGAACCUUAUUCAAGCUGUGUAUAAAAGUAUAAUUACAUGUAAAUAGCAGGUACAUUGUAAUUAAAGGCACUUAUCAAAUUGUCUUUGUUCUUUUUAAAUUGCAAUAAAAGUCAGUUUUAUAUAAAA